UUCUUACAUAGCAAUUGAAUAUGUUUACAAGAAUUAUAAAUAAUUUUAAUUUAAAAAAAAAUGAUGAUAUUAAAAUGAAUUUUUUUCCCAAUAAAUAGAUGCUUGCAAUUAUAGUAUAAAAUAGGUCCACUUACUAUAGACAAAAACACUGAAGGAUGAACAGUACUUUUGAUUCUAACUGAAAAAUGAACAUAGCAUGUUAGCAUGUGUUAGUGGUAUCCAAGGUGACAGCAGCAAAAUUAAAAUGGUUAAGAAAGGGAAAGGAGGAAAGAAAAAACAAAAUAAAGAAGAUAAAAAAGAUACACUCCCAGAAGUUGACAAGGAAUACUAUGAAAUACAAAUUGCUGAUUUAAAUAAAAAGCUGACAAGGUAAAUUUUCAUUUUUCAUUUGAUUAUGGAAUCUAGUUUCAUUGUGAUGCUGUUUUCAGGAAUGGAAGAAUGGAAAGAAAUAACAAGAAAUUUAGAAGAAUCAUAAUUUUAAAGUUAUUAAUUCCAAUAAAACAUUUUAAGAGUAAAAAACAUGUUUCAUUGUUUUAGAUUCUAAGUAUUACAAAUAUGUUAUAAAUAUGAUCACAAUUAAAAUAAUUAUAGUAAAAAUACAACAAAUCAGGUCAUUAGCCUAACUAUUUGUAGUAACAAAGGAUAAAAAUAAUGAGUUCUAAAGAAAGUUCGAAAGAUAAAAAGAAACCUGAAUUACUUCAUGCUGAAAAAGAGUUUUAUGUGCUUGAAAUUACAAAUCUGAACAGGACAAUAGCAAGACUAAGAACUGUUUGUGCUGAACUGGAAAAUGAAAAUGAUGAUUGUAAAAAAAAGUAUAAGACUCUUGAUCAAGAUCGAAAUGAUGUCAUAGCAUAUCUGAAGAAAUCUUUGACUCAAAAACAAGAUGAAAUCGUCGAUUUCACGAACAGGCUUGAAGCCAUGCUAAAAGAAAAAAAAACAGAAAUUCAAAAGUUUGAAACUAAGAUUCAAGAAAUGGAGCGCAAAUAUAACGACAUGUCUUCAACACUCACAGCUGAAAUAACACUCUUAAAUGGGAAAUUAAAUUCCUUAGAAGAAUUUAAGCUACAAAAGGAUUGCAUGAUAAAAAAAUACUUAGAUUUGGAGGAAACAUUAAAGAAGGAAGCAGAACGACAUUUAGAAAAAGAAACAAUAAUUGAAAAUCAAAGUCUAAUUCACAAAGAAAGCAUGCGCUUAGAUAUAGAAAAGAAGCUCUUGAAUUUGUCAAUAAAUCUACAAAAAGACACUCAGUACAGAAUAGCUGAAACUACACAAAAUGUGGUCAAAGAGAACAUUGCCCUUAAUAAUGAGCUUAACCUUAUCAUAGUAUCUUGGCAGAAACUCUUUGAUCAAAACGAAUUUCUAAAAAAUAGGUUAAAAACACUUUCUAAUGAGAUUGACGUAUCGUUUGAGACAAAAGACAAUCUUUUAAGACGGCAUGUGAUUCAAAAGGAAAUUAUAGACAGAUUGGUAACCAAACAACAAGAAAUGAUGAGUAAAUUUCAUACAUUGAAAAACUGCAUGACAAAUGCAUCUCUACUGAGAAAGAAAGUAAAAGAGUAUAGUAAAAAAGCAAAUGAUGCUAAUGUUAAGUAUCGGAAAAUAGAAGGUGCAUUUCAUGCUCAAAGCAUUCAAUUGGCAGAAUUAAAAACAGCAUUUGAUGAGCUUAAAUUACAUAAUUUUAAAUUAGAAGAAAGGAUAAAAGAAUCAGUUAUUAUCAUUAAAGAUGUUAUAGGGCUAGGAUUGAGGAGACAGAAAGAUCCCUUUUCAAUAUCAGAACAAGAUGAAUACAGUACUAGGAUUAAUCUUCUUAACACUCUCUUAAAACUGUUCGAUGAUGUAUCUCUAUUUGCUACUGGAGAGGCGAUUUCCAUAGAAGGAUCAAACGAAUCGUUAUUGGUUUCCGAUUGGAAGAGAAAAGUGUCUUCUCAACAUCUAAUACCUUGUGAUUCAGAGCCAUCAAUAGUAGAUGAAAUGCAAUAGCUGGUCAAUUGGAAAGAUGAGAUUAGAUUAAAUAAAUAUUGCAUCCUGAUAAGUAUUUUCCUUUAAAUUUGUUAUUUAUAAACACAUAAUAGCAC